AUGGCUUCAUUCUCCAUUAACAAUGCAGAGUCUGCAAAGCUUAAGGCAGGUCCCCGGCUUAUCCUGUGGCUUGACUACGAAGGCGCAGUCAAGUGCUACACUGACGCGAUCCGUCUGGAUGCGUCUGACCCCAAUUACCCACUGAACCGGUGCUUUGCAUAUCUCAGGCUUGGACGGUGGAUCGAUGCCGAACACGAUGCGACCGCGGUGCUGACACUAGAUGAUCACAAUCUCAAGGCUUUGUAUCGGCGCAGCCUGGCGCGGAAAGAAUGGAAGGACUUCACUGGCGCACGUGCAGAUCUCCUUGCUUUCGCUGAUGCCGGCGGCGACAUGAAGACUGUCAUUGAAGAAAAUAUCAAGCUUGCCACGGCGGAGGCGAACGCUGUCAUGCUUGCCGCGGACACGCCUGCUUGCGGUGUUCGGAUGGCACCUUCUGAAGGUUGUGGCAUCGGCAUUUUCGCCACACGUCCCUUUUGUUGUGGAGACCUGAUUGUCGUCGAGAAGCCUCUCUACACUGUGAAGAACAGAACACACAAGAAUAUCAUGGAGGAGAUUGAGAAUCUCAAUGACGAUGAACACUUUCAAAUGAUGCAGCUUCACAAUAACAGUCCAGAGUCGUUUCCAACUCCCUUCAUCGGCAUACACCAUACAAACACAUUUGGAAUCGACAAAGGCUCGUCUGUGCUCUGCCUUCGCAUUUCGCGAUUCAACCACUCAUGCAGUCUGAACACCCGAUUUGCAUGGCACGCCAAAACCAACACAGCCAGAGUCUUUGCCCUACGCCCAAUUGCGGUUGGAGAGGAGAUUUUUCACUGGUACCGCAAGCCAUACAAAUCCACGCGCACACAGAGGCAAGAGCUCCUGAGUGACUUCAAAUUUGUCUGCACCUGCUCGGCGUGCACUCUGCCCGAGGAUCAACAAGCUGCGAGUGACAGCAGGAGAAAGGAGAUCGGUCGGCUUUGGGAAGUCAGCUUUGAUAUUCCGUUGAGCCAGGCAGUGUGGCGGGUCCAGACUGACACUCGUGUUGUGCACUUGCUGUGCUCAGAAGGGAUUGCCGACGAAACUGACCUGUUCACGGUCAACGCGGCGAUUAUGUGCGCGUACCACGGUGACUGGGAGUCAGCCAAGUAUUGGGCCCUUGACACGUACAAGGCACACGUGCACCAGUUCGGGGCUGACUGCCACGAGCGGACGACGACGGAACUCAUGUGGCAACUCUUGUGCAAUCCACGAGGGCUCGAAGGGGCUGGUAAGGGGAAAAGAAAGAUAAUCUCCACUCGCCUGUGA